UAUAAAGUCGCCAGUUUCCCACAAUCAGUGUCUUUAAUUUGGCCCAGCAUCGAUACUGCCAGCAAGAUGAACCGAUUGGCGGUCGCCAUAGUUGUGGUGUUUUGCGGCGCUUUGACGGCAAACGCCCGCCUUCAAGAAGUUUUCACCUGGAACCAGGUGGACUUUGAAUGGCCUAGUGCUGCUGCCCGCGAAGCCGCCAUCCAAACUGGCUCUUUUGUCCCCGAGAACCAGAUGCCUCUGGGCAUUGAAGUGUGGAAAGAUCGUCUGUUCGUGACCCUGCCCCGCUGGCGUCGCGGCAGCCCCGCCACCCUGGCUACCAUUUCCCUGAACGGUGCCUCCCACAACCAGCCUCUGCGUCCCUACCCUAGCUGGGCCAUGAACCGCGAAGGCGGACCUUGCGACGGUCUCACCGGCAUCUUCCGAGUGCAGAUUGACCACGCUUGCGGCAGGCUGUGGGUGUUGGACGCUGGUGAGGUGGACGUUGCCGAAGGUGGCGUCCAACAGUGUCCCCCCAAGCUGCUGGCCUUUGACCUCAACACCGACCAGGUGGUCGUGAGACACGUGUUGCCCGAGGAGAACGUGCGUCAGGGCAGUCUGUUCUCCAACCUGGCUGUGGACACCAGGAACGGCCGUUGCGAGGACACGCACGUUUACAUGGCCGACGCCUGGCGCUUCGGCAUCGUCGUCUACAGCGCCAGCUCCAACUCUUCUUGGCGCGUCGAGCACAACUACAUGCAGUCCGACCCUCUCGCCUGCAGGUACAACACUUCCGGAGUGGACUUCAGGUGGCACGACGGCGUGUUCGGCUUCGGUCUUGCCCCCGUGGUCAACAACGACCGCACCCUGUACUUCACCCCCAUGUCUGGCACCAGGGCGUUCGCCGUGCCCACCUCCGCCCUUCGCAACGAAACCACCGUCGACGACAGCUCGUUCACCGUCCUGCCGGCCCGCGGCGGCGGCGUCGACGCCCAAUGGCACGCCGGCGCCACGGCCAUGUCCAGCUCCGGCCUCAUGUUCUACAACCUGGUCACCAGGGACGCCGUCGCCUGCUGGAACUCGCGUCUGCCCUACCUGCCCAACCUGCAGGGCGAGGUCGCCAGAGACCCCGUCACCCUCAACUUCCCCAACGACGUCAAGGUCGACGAGUUCAACAACGUCUGGGUCCUCAGCAACCGCCUGCCCAGAUACCUGUUCUCCUCUCUGGAUCUGAAUGACGUCAACAUUCGCAUUUUCGCCGCCCAUGAGUCCACCGCUGUGGCUGGAACCCCCUGCGACCCCAAUUACCAUCCUCAGUCCAACGACUUUGUCACCGCCCCUUGCGUCUAUUAAUCGCCACCACGUUUGCUAAUUUUUCAAGCAAAGCAAUUAUCACUUAUUUGCCCAGGUCUGACUCAGGCCACUGAUCACCCCAUCCUUUCACCAAGUCCUGGGUGCUCAUUUUGCACAGUUAUUUAAUUUUUCUCACAAUUCGUCUCAUCUUAUUGCAUCGUCAUGUUUGUUGAAUAAAUAAUUGUUGAAUUUUGCUCAUAUUUUAA